AUGAGUGCUAAAGUUGUUGCCAUGAUAGUUAUAUUCAUAACAAAUUUUAAGACGUGUCAAAGCAAGAGAUAUGAUGACUUCUCGUUAUUCAGCGUGAUCCCAGAAGAAGUGGAGCAUUUGAAAUUCCUACAGAAUCUGGAGAAGCAAAAGUAUAUAGAUAUAAUAUUUUGGAGGAAGCCAUUAAAACUGUAUCAUGAAGUGCACUUCAUAGUCAAUCCAGCUGAUACAAACCUUUUGGUAGAAAGGGCAAAACAUUUUAAAAUAAAAAUCAAUUUGCUGCAGCCUAAUCUCCAGCAGGCGUUUGAUGAUCAACGUAUAAAAAGAUAUCUUCGUCUUAGAGUGGAGACUUUUUCAUGGGACUAUUAUCAUUCCUUGGAGGACAUAUAUCAAUGGAUGACUGAUCUAACAUUGAAAUAUCAAGAAAACGUAGAAGUGAUAACAAUUGGAAAUUCAACAGAGGGACGAGAUAUAUUAGCAUUAGAAGUAAUGAACGGGAUUGGUAAAAAGCAAGUACUGAUCGAAGGUGGUAUCCAUGGAAAUGAAUGGAUCUCAGUAGAGUUUGUCACUUAUUUAGCCAAUCAAUUGAUAAACAAUGAUGGAUCAAAUCAACAGUUAGCUGCUCUUGCGAAGAACUACAAUUGGUAUUUGAUACCCAUACUGAACCCAGAUGGCUAUGAUUAUAAUCAAAAAGUUGAUCGUCUUUACAGAAAAAAUAGAAAUAAAUAUGGGGACGGUAUUGGCGUCGACUUGAAUAGAAAUUUCGAUUACAGCUUUAGAAAAUUUGCAACAAGUGACGAUCCUAACGAUGAGAAUUAUUGUGGCCCCAACCCCUUUUCUGAACCUGAAACAAAGGCGCUCAAAAGUUUUAUGGACAAGACUCUAAACGACUUAUAUGCUUACGUUGCAAUACAUAGUUAUGGACAGAAGAUUGUAAUACCAUACUCUGAUAGAGUUAACCACGUGGAUGACUAUGCUGAAAUGGCAAAUUACGGUAAACAAGCAAUAGUGAAAAUGUAUAAAUUAUACGGCAGAAAAUACAGCGUUGGCACAUUUUACGAUACGAUGGGUGAGAACAAAAAGUCAUUGUAA